AAUAUUUAAAUUGAGUUUAGUUGCUUUUUAGUCGAUUUGCGCGAGAAGAUGUCAAAACUUUGGGGAGGACGUUUUAGCUGUGACACAAGUUCCAUUUUAGCUGAACUCAAUUGCAGUCUGCCAGUAGACUCUCGAUUAUUUGCUGUCGAUAUUGAUGCAAGUAAAGUCUAUGCCGAGGCUCUCUCCAAGGCGGGUAUUUUAACAGCAUCCGAAUGUAGUGCAAUACAAAAAGGUCUUGAACUGGUUCGAUACGACUGGAUAGAGGGAUUAAUUGAAUUCAAGCCAACUGACGAAGAUGUUCAUACUGUAAAUGAACGUAGACUAACCGAGCUUAUUGGAGAUAUUGCACAGAAAUUACACACCGGCCGCAGUAGAAAUGACCAGGUUAUAACCGAUAUGAAGCUGUGGAUGCGCAAGGCUAUUAGGGAAAUUUUGCAGACCUUGAGAAUGGUUAUGGAAGCUAUAAUUGGCUUAGCGGAGAAGUAUCCAAAUGUCAUGAUGCCGGGUUAUACUCACAUGCAGAGGGCGCAACCAGUUCAUUUUGCUCAUUGGAUUCUAAGCCAUGGAUUUGCUCUAAAAGAGGACUGUGCAAGGUUUAUAGAAUUGAAGGAUAGAAUGAAUGUGUUGCCUUUGGGAAGUGGAGCAAUAGCUGGAAAUCCAUUGAAUGUGGAUCGAGUUUUUAUGCAGAAAGAGUUAGGCUUUGAUGGGCUAACUCAAAAUAGCAUGCAUGCUGUAGGGGAUCGCGAUUUUGUCAUUGAUUUUAUCUACAAUGCAUCAUUAGCAAGUCUUCAUAUGUCCCGUUUAUCUGAAGACCUCAUAAUUUUCGCAUCACGCGAAUUCAAUUUUGUUCGAAUUUCGGAUGCAUUUUGCACUGGCAGUAGUCUUAUGCCUCAAAAACGUAAUCCUGACAGUUUGGAACUUGUUCGAGGAAUUUCUGGUGAAAUUUUCAGCUGUUUGACAGGAAUAAUGAUGACAGUUAAGGGUACUCCAUCGACCUAUAACAAAGAUUUACAAUUCGAUAAGAAAUACUGUUUCACUGCUUUCGAUCAGCUUGAAAAACUAUUGAAAGUCACUGAAGGAGUUCUUCGAACUCUCGAUGUGAAUAUUGAUCGCAUGGAAUCGUGUUUAAGUCCGGAUAUGUUGGCUACAGAUUGGUCAUAUUAUCUUGUUCGUAAGGGAAUACCCUUUCGUAAAGCACAUCAUUUGAUUGGACAAGUUGUUCAAUUAGCAGAGGAACGUAAUUUAGAACUUACAGAAGUGCCUUUGGAAGAUCUACAAACUAUUUGUCCGCUAUUCGAUAUUGAUAUUGGUAAAGUUGCUAAUUUUCAUCAAAUUGCUGAAACUUACAAUGUCAUUGGUGGAACUAGUUCGAAUUCAAUUGAAAAGCAAUUGAAUGUUUUGAAGGAUUUUAGUUGUCAAAUUAAGAAAUUGCAAUAAGAAAUAAAGAUUUGUUUAUAUCAA